AUGGCGUACGCCAAUGCGCACCGUCUUCCACUACCACCAGAUCCGCCUUCUGGCGCAUCGACCUCACGCAGCAGCACAACGCUCGAUGUGGACGCGGCCAAGCUCCACCCUGCGUUCGAGGCGUACAAGCUCGCGGCUGACGCCGGGCCGUCGACUCCGUCCGCGCGAGCGUACGUGCUUCCAAGCCGUCCCCCACAGCUGGCUGAGCUGUAUCAGCCGCCAGAGGGGGGAGAUCGGCGCGAAGGCAGUCUCACCUUCACAGGGCUCGGGUACAAGGAGACCAAGGAACGCGCCGUGCACCAGCUGCUCAUCCCCGCCGCUGGAACCAGGCACCACGACGACCCAAUAGCGGGAUACAUCGACGCGAAUCGGUUUGUCGUGCUGCUUACAUACAGCUCGGAAACCGACAAGAUUACGGGCCACCCAGUGCAUCGACUCGAACAAACGCAGGGAUUGCCGUCCCUGGCUUCGAUCGCACCGACCACUUGGCUGGCUUGCGAUGGCGAGAACCUCGUGCUGAUCAGGCUGCAAAAGAUCACACUCGGAGAAGGCGCUGCGGUCAGGUGGAGUAGUGCGAGUACAGAGUCGUGCAAGAUCCCAGCAAUCGAGCGUCAGGCAGGCACGACGAUCAAGGCGCACACGCACGUCGGCGGCGCAAUCCGCGUGCUCUUGCAGACCACAAAGACCGUCAGCAAGGCGGUAAAGACCGGAACGAGCGACGGGCUGCAGGGCUUGGGCUUUGCUCGCAGCGACGAAAAGCCCCAGAUGGAGACACGCGAUGAAACGUCCAAGCACGCCCGCACUUUGUUCGACGUCCGUCUCGUCGAGAUCAACGACAGCCUCGAGCAGUCGGAUGAAACGAGUGGGAUCGAGAGAACGGCAGAAGUGCUUGGAAGCGUACAGGGAGACGAACCGCUGCUGAGCGCGCAGCUGGAUGGGGACGAGUGGAUCCUCGGUGCAGAAGCACCCUUUGCUGCUGUCGCUGCAACCAGCUCGCAGCCGGUCAUCGAGCCCACAUCCGCGUUCGAGCGGACGACUCUUACAAGGCCGGUCCCGGCGGCAGCAUCUCGGGGCAGGCGUCCCGGUCCGCACUUCAGCUGGGCACAGACCGGCGACACGGUUACGAUCGCCUUUGCGCUGCCGGCGUGGAUGACAUCCUCGCACAUCCGCGGCCACUUUUCGCCGAGCGCUCUCAGCCUCUCACUGACCCAGGGAGCGCUCACCCUGCUCACAGCCUCAUCAUCUGCACAGAUCGCCGAGAUCGGCGACAGUGCCGCAGCUGAGGAGGCAGAGGUGGACGACCUGACGCGCGCGGCGCGCAUGAUCGCUUCGGGCCGGUACGUGUCGCGCUCGACGUGGGGCGAGAUCGACGCGACCGGCAGCGUGUGGACGCUCGAGCGGGCCGGUGCAGCGAGCCUGCUGACGCUGCAUCUGGAGAAGAAGCACGAGGGCACGCGGUGGAUGCAGGUGUUUGCGGACAGCACGCGCGCCCCUGCCCGCAGCCACGCACGACUCGCACAGACCCAGCUCAGCUUCCAGCAAGCCAGGACGCAGCUCGAGCGCACCGCCGCGGGACUGAAUGCCGACGAGCAAGGCGAAGAUGAAGAGCACGAGGAUGCAGAGGACAACGAGGAUGAUGUGCCCGAGACCUUGGAUCCGUCCGAGCUAGUCACCAUGCUCGAGGGCAUGCAGAAGUACACGGUCGACGAAGACACGCCGGGCCUUGGUCAGGACCGCUCAGGGCUAGCGCUGGACCAGCCGAGCCUGCUCAAGGACAACCUCGAGGAGGAAGACGCCAAUGUCGGAGUCGACUUUGUCGUCACCUCCGUCACAUUGUCCUCGUCCGGCGUGACGGUCCGGCAUUCGGGUGUGGGUGAGAUGAAGCUGCUCGCCACGCGUCUCGAGUCGGACCGAGAGGAUGAUGGUCUUGUUGCGGUCAAGCACGAGCUGGAUGGGGCGGUCUUUGCGAAGCGCGGGCCAGAGGCGUGGCGGCACGUGGCGACCAUGCCGGCUCUGGCGUUUGUGCUUGCGUCGAAGCGCGAUGCGCAGCGUGUGCACAUCCACGCGCGCCCUACGAGCAGCUCCGAGGGAUCCAACGAGUACGUGGCACUGGCAUUCGAGAGCGCACCACGAGUGACCGGAUCUGGCGCUGGAUCGGGCAGUACAGUGGGAUCGGGCGCGGGCAAUCUGUUCGUAUAUAACACGCCGGCGUCGGCUGGCGACAAGCAUGCUGCUUCGCGAGUCGUGCGUCUGGGUGCGAUCGUCGACAAGGGUCCCACCGAGACAGAAGCCGCAGACGAAGGUCAAGACACCGCCAGUGGAGCUCUACUCGGCGUGUGCAGCGUCCGGCUUCCUGCGCCUGCUACCCAGGGGGAAGACAGUGUCGAGCAAGACACGCUCGUCUGCCUGUGCGAGAACCGCCUCCUCCUCCUGCGCGGCGUGCUGUAA